AUGAGCCAAAUAGAGAGCAACUCUAUGAGCAAGAGACAGGGGAAGCAAAUUAUUGCUGACGUACUUGGAAGCAACGAGGACAUGAAAGAAAAGUGCUUUCGGCCUACGAAAGACUUGCUUUUCCACGCCUCAUAUCCCCAUCAUGACAAUGCCCGUGAUUGCUCUGCAUGUGAUUCAAAUGAAUUAAGCCACCGUUCGCCGCGAGAAAUAGAUUAUGAACCUUAUCUUCACUUUGGAUUGAUCGCCUCCGGAAACCAAGUGAUGAAAGACGCACAGUCACGGGAUCAGAUUGCACAAGAUCUAGACAUGCUCUGCUUUGAGAUGGAAGCAGCAGGCCUGAUGGACCAACUUCAAUGCUUGUGGCAAGGCUACGCAUCGUUGACUGCUGCUGCAUGUGCCAAGUUUAUUUUAUCUAUUGUGCCCCUGUCUAGUCGACGACAAAAACCAAAUAAAACCGAGUUUGAUCAGGAAGAAACAGACUGUCUGAAAGCUUUGUUUGUCACCGAUCCGAGCGAAGACAAGAAUGCGUUGAAACGGAGAAAGGGGGACCGAGCCCCGGAGACGUGCGAAUGGAUUUUGGAGAAACAGGAGCUUCAGAAUUGGCUCAGCUCGCAUGGGCAUCGCGAUAAGAUUCUCUGGUUGUAUGGCAACCCAGGAACUGGCAAGUCGACAAUGGCAAUCACAAUGGUAGAACUUCUCCUUGACAGAUCCGAAUUUAAAAAUGGUGAAAACGUCCUUGCCUACUUCUUUUGUGACUCAAGUGUCCCGGAACGCUCUACUGCGACCUCUAUACUGCGUGGCCUCCUAUAUCAGAUAGUUAAGCAGCGUCCUGAUUUAAUGCAGCACUUACUUUGCAAAUGGAAAGAACGAACUGAAAAAGUAUUCAAUUCCUUUGACGGCUUAUGGAAUAUUGUGCUCGAUACGGGACAGACCGGUACUGAGGUGGAAUUAUAUUGCAUUAUCGAUGCCUUGGAUGAAUGUGACCGUGAAUCGCAAGAUGAACUUCUAAAACAAAUCACACAAACGCUUGGAAGCGAAAAUCGAAAGGCCUCCAACCUACAUAUCCAUUUUUUAAUAACGAGUCGACCAUACCCAGAGAUAAGGCGUUUUCUCUAUGAAUUCAAUUCCAAAGACUUGUCUUCCUAUGAAGAAGUUCAAAAGGAUCUGAAAAUACUGAUUGAAAAGAAAGUCACGCAACUAUCACUCAUAAGCCAGUACUCCAAAAACGUGGCGUCGAGUGUAUCGGAUAUCCUGAAACAAAAAGCCGAGGGAACUUUCUUAUGGGUCGGCAUUGCAUGCGAUGAGUUGGCACAUGUUCGGUCGAGAAAAGCAGUUGAAACACUGCAAAUGCUGCCCCAAGGUCUGAAUGCGCUGUACAUGAAUUUGAUAACGACCGCGUUGGGCCGUCAUGAAAAUGACAACGAGACAACCUUCCAAAUACUCAAUCGAUUUGGAUGUCAUUUUGACAUUACUGAAGAGCACUUAAUGGCUGCAGUAUGUAAUUCGGUUUCUGGGGAUGAAAUUCUGAGACGUCUUCUUGACCGACAGGACGAUCAAAUUAAAGCUACUCAAAAUCCCGAUGACGCUACAAGGCCAGACGGCGCCAUGAAAUCGCUUCAAGAUCAUCGACGCCGCAGCCAGUUUAAGAUUACUCGCGAUAUCAUUAGAGCUGCAGAACGCAAGCAUGAUGUUAUGGAGGUGCUUUUAGACCGACGGGCGAGUCAGAUCCAGAUUACUCAAGACAUAGUCGGUGCUGCAAAUACAAAGGCCCUACAACUUCUUCACAAUCAACGGGACCAAAUCAAUAUUAAGGAAGAGGCUUCUAUAAGUCUCGAUCGCCGUAUGAAUGAAUUCGGGAAAUGGAAUAUUUGA